AUGGCUCCUGAGCUGCCACGCAUCUUCUUGCUUCCUACUCACUUACAAGAGGAUGAGCGGCACAAGUUGGAGGAAAGAAUACCUACUCUGACUCGCGAUUGCCAGGAAGCUGCCAUUAUUGUGGGAAAGAUAUCUAGGCCGGAGCGUGCUCUGUUCGAGCUGAGGCGGCUUAGGCUUGCGACAGAACCAGUGGAUUAUGCCGGGGCCGGACAAGGAGCAGAGCGAAGCAGCAGACGUGAACGAGAAAAUGAUGCGCAAGAGCCGCCGUCAAAACGUCCGAGACUAUCUGGAUCAGAGGCUUUGAAACCCCAAAAUGGGACAGAUGGCGGCAUUGCUUUGGAUGUAUUGAGACUGCCAGGAGAUGUUGUUCUGGUGCUUAAGCUGGCAUGGCUGUUGGAUUCUCUUGACAAAGACGUUGCGCUGCCCGUUGACGACUAUCUGCUCUACCAAGGCCGUAGACUGCCCUCUCAGCCCAAGAAGGAUAUAACUCCAAAGACUUCUCCGUCGAGACAAAGAUUCAAAGGCCACUCUCGAGCCUCAGCAGUGCUCGCUCGUGCAGCCGAGGACCAACAGGGAACCCAUACCAGCCCGCAUUCACCGCAGGCAGCAAGACGACGAACGGAUUCUCCAAGCACUCCAAGUGGACGGAAACGAGCUGAGCCGCCGACGCUGUAUCGCGAGACCACGUCGGAGCAUGAUGUUCCCUUGCCGCCUAUUCCUGAUUUUCUCCAUACGUCGUAUUCUUGUCAGAGACCGUCUCCUGUCAACCCGCCAAAUGCUGCAUUCAUCAAAGAACUACAAGCUGUUCGUACGUUGAGGCUUCUACAGGGAGAUCGAAUUGGUGUUAGGGCGUACUCUACGUCGAUUGCGGCUUUGGCCGCGUAUCCAUUUCUGAUUCAGCGACCGCAGGAGAUAGAAAGACUACCUGGAUGCGGGGGCAAGAUUGAAAAGCUAUACCAACAGUGGAUGGCUGAUGGAUGUACUGCAGAGACCAAGGCGGCUGCAGUCGACACCGAACUAACCGUGCUGAGAAAAUUUUACGAAAUAUGGGGAGUUGGAGAUGCGACUGCUCGCGACUUCUAUAAGAAAGGGUGGCGAGAUCUCGAUGACAUCGUAGAGCAUGGAUGGAGCUCGCUGCACAGAUCCCAGCAGAUUGGCGUCAAAUACUAUGAUGAUUUUCAACUCAAAAUCCCACGAGCAGAAACAGAAGCCAUUGCCAAUGUCAUUCUCUCUCACGCCCGGCGAAUAGAUCCAGGCUUCCAAAUGGUAAUUGUUGGCAGCUACCGGCGAGGCAAGCCUGAGAGCGGCGACGUUGAUGUGAUCAUUAGCCACCCUGAUGAGGCUCAAACGCUCAAAGUUGUGGAAAGGCUCAUUUACAGCCUAGAGAAGAGCUCCUUCAUCAAGCAUACUUUGAGUGCUUCGAUGCGAAAUAGUGAGCGUGAACAAGUCCCUCUGCCAUGGCGUGAUCCUGAUCGCUCUGCUGGGUCGGGAUUUGAUUCACUGGAUAAGGCAAUGGUAGUGUGGCAACAGCCGAGAGACGACAAAGAGCAUGGAGGUGCACCGGCGCCUCACCGAAGAGUGGACAUUAUCAUCAGCCCCUGGAAGACGGCCGGAUGCGCGAUACUUGGAUGGAGUGGAGAGACUACCUUCCAGCGAGACCUUCGACGCUACUGUAAGGCGAAGAUGGGGUUGAAGUUUGACAGCAGCGGCAUCCGGAGGCGUGCAGACGGCUCGUGGGUGGAUCUGGAGAGCUCGGAGCAAGGACCGGCGCCUGAUAUGGAAACGGCCGAGAGGCGCGUAUUUGAAGGGCUGGGGCUGGAGUGGCGGCCGCCGGCAGAGAGGUGUACAGGAUGA